ACGAGACGCCGCGAUGCCCAUAUACUCGACCCAAAUCGUACGCCUGGAUGGCCUGAUGCUCGCUGCAUCGAUCGAGAACUCUCCACACGAUGACACCAUCACAAAUCUGAAGAACCAGCAGCGGGCUCUUGUUCGCAAGAUGAGCAACACGUCCGAGCCGCGAGCUGCCAUCGAAUCAGGCGACUACAAACUCCACUACUACCGUCAUGAAGACCUGAUCUUCUUCGCCAUUACCGAACGCUCUUUCCCGAAAGAACUUGCCGCCAUGUAUCUCGACGAUGUCGCAGCCGAGUUCAUGAACACUCAUAGGGAUGCCGAGUAUCGCUCGUCGGCACUGCGUCCUUACGCCUUCAACGACUUCGACACUUUCAUGCAGCGCACAAAAAAGUCUUACGAAAACCCAAGAGCUUCGAACAACCUCGACAAGGUGCAAGCCCAACUGAAAGAGACGACUCAGAUCAUGUCCAAGAAUCUGGAGGACUUGCUCUAUCGUGGUGACAGCUUGGACAGAAUGGGACAGAUGAGCUCCGACCUGAAAGAGUCUAGCAGAAAGUACAAGCGUGCCGCCGUGAGGAUCAAUUGGGAGUUGCUCCUGAAGCAGUACGGUCCCUUUGCCGCUCUCGGCACGAUCAUCCUGUUCUUCAUUAUCUGGCGAUUCUGGUAAAUCUUAUUGAAAGCGAUUUCCUCCUGGGUUGAUGCUUUAAUGAUCCAGCAAAAAGAAUACUUGCACGGCGUCGGUGGUACUGGCGAAUAUGUUGAUAUACCCCUUU